AUGUCAAGCCCGGACAACUCCAAGGGAAAGUCUUCUGAAAAGAGGACCUCUGUCUCCUCGACCCUCUCUUCUACCGCAAAGGAUACCUCCGUCAACCCCGCUUCAUUCUACAGCACAUCCAACGCCUCUCGUUCCUCCCUCGUUCCUCCUCCCCUCCCCUCCCGUCCCCUUCCCACUCUCAGUCCCUCUACCAGCGCUAGCCAAAACCAGAACCUCGGCUCCUCAAACACGACGGUCAACUUGCCCAACGAGGGUUCUUCCCCGUUCCGCGAACCCGAACUCGUACAGGACGAUACCGAUACUCCGACCUGGGGCAAAUCUUCAGCCCUUCCUGCCGCGUACAAUCCUCUGUAUCUCGCCGGCCAGGCGUCUUCGAGCUCUGCGGGGUGGGGGAUCGAUGAUGGCAUUGCUGCCUCGACGGAGCACCAUGACUAUGCUCCCGGGACGUCGUGGGGAGCUCCGAGCCAGAACGCCGAAUGGGGGGCUGCGGUCAAUACCAACAACAAUCGUACGCCCAGUCCCAUUCCCGGUCUCUUUUUCCCAUCUGAUUCCAGCACGACGAACUACAACUACAACGACAAUAACGACAACUAUAACCUCACCUUGUCCAACGCCGCAGCCCACUGGUCCCUCGACAGCACGAACUACUCCGCUUCGGGGUGGAACUCCGCGUUGCGUAACAUCGAGAUCGACGGACGCGAUCUCGAACAGGAAACGAACUGGUGGGAUCCAGAGAAAUUGAAAGAUCCGCCUAGGCCAGGGAGAGGGAUCUUACCGCCGUUGAUGGUGGAAUGUUUGCACGAUGCGGAACAUACCUUGUUUUCCGUGGGCGUCACGCCGCCUGAUAUCGCGAAAUUACCACAACCGAGCAGUCCUGCCCAUGCUCGCGCGGGUUCGGUCGCUUCUAAUGCUAGUGCGGGCGCGUCGUCUCUGUCGCUGGGUACGCCGAAACCGAUUCCUGUGACUUCAGGUCCACCGGUCCCUCCGCCCUCGGCUGAAGAAGUACGAACGGCGAUCCCACAUCCGAACGCGUAUUACUGUCGGAAACAUAACAGCUGGGUGCUCCUCAUCUGGAAAUCAUCCUCCCAACUCCCGCCGCUCGCGAAAUCGUUCCUCGCAGCUCAUCCGGACGGGGUCAUGCUCCCGGACCAGACGAGGAGACGGAAGACGGGGAAUUGUUUGCAGGCGGAGGGGUUGGGUGGGAAGAAGGCGAACAGGACGCAUCAUUUUCAUGUUUAUGAGAAGGCCGUGGAGGGGAGGAAUUUGACGCCGCCGUUCAGGAGGGGAGACUGGGAACGGAAGGUAAAGCCGGGGGAGGAGGACGAGGAGGCGGAGACGGAAGGAGAUCAAGCGGAGGUGAAGAAAGAGAAGUCUGAGAGUGAUAUGGACGUUGUGCAGAGUCAGGGACCCGACGAUGCGGUGCCGAUGGAGGGUGUGAUGGCUGAAGAGGAGGAGGAAGACGAAGAGACCGACCUGCUCGAUCUUUACGUGUGUUGUCAGUGCUCACUGUAUUGUGUCGCUUCAUCGGAGGUGCUUCCUGGAGUUGUGGAGGCGAAACAUAUCGACCAGCUCGUCAAGACGAAGACGGAGAAUCCGAUCGUGGGCAAGAAUGGUCCGACGACAGCGUUGAUCGCUCUAGAGCUUAUUCUGAAGGUCAUCGAGAAGAAGGUAUGGGAGAGAGAGAAUCGCCCUGUGCCCGUCAAUAAACAAACAUUCCAGAAGAAAAUUGGAUACGACGAGACCGUGCAUACCAUCUUCGAGUCGCUCGGAUUCUACUUCAAGGACGACGGAGCAGGCACGGACGCCUCCUUCGGGCUCUACCCACCCACUAUCGACCUCGUCACACCUCAAGGCCGCCAAAGCCGCGCGAAACUCCUCCGUGGAUGGAUCGAGCUCAGCGCAUGGGCGGUCGAGUAUCAGACUCGGUUCACGCCACAGCUGAAGGAUCAUGGGGCUGCGAGACCGUGGGUUACCGUUACUAGCCAGAGGGAACAUUAUCAGGAGGCGCUGGGUGCCCAUCCGGACCAGAUACCGAGGGGGGAGAUACCGUUGGCUUUGAGGUAUAAUUCGGAGCUGAUACAUGCGUGGGAGGUGUUGGGGAUGACGCAGUCUACGUAUUCCCCUCAACUUCUCGUGUUUGCCUACCUGGCUCAAUGCCGCUGCGACCCUGCGGGGAUGAUCGACUACUUCACGGCUUACAUCAAGAUAUUCCAAGCCCUCUCCGCCAACGGGGAGAUCCUCCCAGACGAACUACAAAACCUCAUCAUCGAAGAACGUUCCCGGCACCGCUUCACAACCGAAGACUACGCCUCUUCCAUCGCCCUCCUCGGGUUCGGACAGCACGGCGCCCUCGGCGUAGAACUAGACGACGAAGUCGAGGAAGAGUUCGUGAUCAAUGCUUGGAAGGAUGCGAAGAAGAGGGUGUGGCAGACCGCGGGAGCUGUCGGUGCUGGUGGGGGAGGGAAAGCGAAGUACGAGGAGGUGAUGGAGGCGUUUUUGAGGGUGGCGCAGGUUAAGGGCUCGAGGGAAAUGAUGAAGCUGUGGGAGGAGGAGAGUUUGGGGACGAAGAUGACGCCGGAUAGGGCGUUUACGACGUUGGAUGUGCCGCAGGAUGUGGACGAGUCGAUGUUGAUCACUAUUUUCUCCAUGAGGAUCGAGGACCAGCCGAGUUCGGGAGAUACGAUGCGUGAGGCUUUGGCCGUGAUCGCAGAGACGAGAGAUAGUGAACGGCUGAGGCAGUUCCUCACUACUGGCGUCGAUCCUGGUGAAGUUAUAGUCCCCACUCGUUCAGACUGGCCUCGCGGUCUCAAUCAACUCGGGAACACAUGUUAUCUCAAUUCCCUCCUCCAGUACUUCUACACCAUCAAAGAACUGCGGGACGCGAUCGCCCCUCUGAUCAAUGCCCAGCUCAAAUCUAUUGACGAGGACAAGUUGACGGAUGAUGAUCUGAAGCGGCAUCGUGUGGGCGGGCGGAAUGUCACGCGGAGGGAAAUCCUGCGUUCGAAGAAGUUUGUGAGUCAACUUGCAGAACUGUUUGAACAGCUCGAAAGUUGCGAUAAUCCAGCCGUCACACCCACCGUCGAACUCGCCAAACUCGCUCUCAUCACCUCCAAAGACGAAGAGGAGGAUGAUUUCGAACGUGGCGGGACGGAUACGUCGAACGACACCGAUGCCACACUCGUCGACGACGGACCAUCUGGCUCUCAUCACAUGCUCACCGCCGAACCUGCCCAAUUCACGUCUCAACCCAAUCCAGCGGACGUUCCAUUACCUCUUAGCGCCGCAUCUCCUGGGUCUAUUUACACCGGACCCGGAUCUCCGGGCGAAGGCUCGUCGUCGUCGUCUUCUGUGCUUGGAAAGCGGACGAGGGAAUCUGUGUCGCAUCCAGAAAGGAGGACGACGUUUGCGGACAUGGACGUGGAUCUGGAUAAGGAGAAUUAUGUCAUCGUUCCGCCUUUGGGAGCUGCGAAGUAUGAGCAUUCGCCUACGGAUGCGAUGUUGGAAAGCCCGGUUGGGCAGGACCCCGUUCGACGGCGGACUUUGGAAGCUGCGGAGGUAGGAGGUGGCGGGAAGGAUGGGGAGGACGAGGUCAUGGAGGUGGAGGUGGUGGAGGGGCCACAGGAAGCGAGCGGGCAGCAAGUGGCGCCGAAGCCGCCACCACUUCCCCCAAGAAAGCCGGCGUCCGACUCUGUCAUGAUGUUUGGCCGGCAACAUGAUGUUUCGGAGUGUAUGGACAACUGUAUCUUCCAGAUCGAGGCGGCAUUGCUGAAGUUUGACGGGACCGAUACUUCAGAACCGGACAAGACCAGUGUAGUGAAAAGACUGUUCUUUGGCACUGUCAAGCAACGGGUCAGCGUUGUACCCCAGGAGACGCAAAGUCGAUCGUCAGUUCAUGAACGCGAAGACCUAUAUUCCCUUCUUCCUGUCAACGUGACCAGAGAAGGCUACGACCUGUACGACGGUCUGGCAGGUUACUUCGACGAUGAAGUGGAGUUUGAGAGCAAGAAGGCGCAUAUGGAGGUCACCCUCGUUGACGUACCGCCAAUACUGCAAAUUCAGCUGCAGAGGGGGCAAUUCGAUCGGGAGACACUACAGCCGUACAAGUCGCAGGUCUACCUGAAGUUCGGGGAAACGAUCUACAUGGACCGAUUCUUGGAUAGUGCGAACCCGGAGAAGAAGGAACGAGCGAAGGUCAUCCAGGCCGAACUGAAUGCAUGUCGCGAGCGCCUGCACUUGCUAACGGCAGGGAAACAUGCACCGUUUGCUCCCGCACUUGGUAACGCGCUCGACUUCCUUAAGAAACAGGACUCCGUCGAGCUUCCCGAAUUCGACGAGGACCUUGUCUCCUUGUUCAAUGCCGAGCAACCAUACCUAGCAGCAGAGAUCGAUUCCUUACGUACCCAUGCCACAAAGCUGAAAGGCGACUUGGAAGAUGUCUGGGCGAACGACCAACGAGCGGAAUACGAGCUUACUUCCGUGUUCAUACAUCGCGGCUCAUCACCGUCUUGGGGCCACUAUUUCUUCUAUUCUCGAAACCUCCCUGAUAACCCAGAUCAAUGGUUCAAAUACAAUGAUUCUGAUGUGUCGAAGGUGCCGAAGGAUGAGGUAUUGGCGGAUACGACGGGGUCAACAGCGAACCCGUAUUUGCUCGUCUUUGUGAAGAAGGGAACGCAACAUAUUGAUACAAUUCAUCGACGUGAUUUGGAGACGAACUCAAAGUAA